UACUUCAAUACCCCACUUUCUUUCUUUCGCCAACUCAGGUUGGCACUCGUCACUCUCUAAAAACCCACAUAUAUAUUGAUAUUGGAUCAAUAAUCAUGCGGCUUACAUUUGUCGCUAGCUAUUAUGUCUAUAUCUCUACUCCCUAUGGCCAGUAUAACACCUUCGAGGUGCCGGCAAUGGACGACUGCAGUGUUUCUUGGCACGAAACCCUCACCAUACAUGAACGCCCUCAGACGCUUUUCAAGCGGCUCAUGUCCAUCUUCAAAUCUGAAGCAGUCCGCUUCGAAAUUUGUGCCUCAUAUGAGCCUAAACCAACGCUCAAUCAAUACGAGAUAGUGUGUGCGUUUGACACAACCUUCAAACAAUUGCUGGCAGAAGACGGACCGCCUACAUUACAUUCGGAUGUUGGUGAUAGGCGCGUAUCCCUCGAAUUGAAAGCGGGCGGUACUAAUGAGAAAAAUGUCGUCGUAUUCGGCGAAGCCGGCUCAGGGAAAAGCUCAAUCAUCAAUACCAUCGCCCAAAAGCAGGUCGCAGAAACAUCAAAUGAUGCAGUGGGAUGUACCUUCAAACCUAAACGCUACACAGUAGACAUUUCCGGCCAUAAAUUCGCCCUGUUUGAUACCGCGGGUCUGAACGAGGGUAGUGAAGGCAGGGUGCCGGACAAGCAGGCGAAGAAACAGCUGAAGGGAUUGUUGAAAGAGCGCAUGAGGCACAAGUCACCAGAGUCGGAUGGUAUCGACCUUCUAGUGUACUGCGUGCGGCGGCGCAACACGAUUUCCCCUCCCACCAUCCUUGACGCCUACAACACUGUUUACUCUGGGACCUGCCUGAAGAAGAAAGUCCCAAUCGUCGUUGUCGUCACAGGAUUUGAGUCUGAGACUCACACGGAGAGCUGGUGGGAUGCUCACAUGGAGACAUUCAAUAGCAUGCAUCCCGCAGGCCAUGCAUGUGUCACAACCACUCAGGAAUAUCUAGGCAUUCCGGCAGACCUUACUCGUCGAGUUGCACAGUCGAGCGAGAUUCUGCGCGACCUUAUCAUGAACACAUGCUCGGCUCCGAUGGUCGAUGACAACUUGCCCGUGGGAACGUGGUGCUACUUGCCGUUGUGCUCGAUGAACUGAAUGGUUGUGGGUAGCGCUGUCCAUCAGUAUCGAGCAAAAUAUUAUUCACGCUGGCACGGGACGCCUAUUUGAUCCUGCUGGAGACCUUGGAUAGGGCGAUCUUAAGCUUCGCAAGACUUUGGUAUAUAAUGUAUUCGUUGUGAACGGUCAAUUUUAUUAUUAUUUU